UUAGCAAAGCAUUGUGGGAAGAUGGAUUUUCGCGCGUCAGGUUGCUUCCUCCAGAACUCAAGGCCACGCAGUGCGCUCGUCUAUUCUUUAGUAAUUUCAGGGUAAAUUGAAUAUUCAAAAUUACUUUUGAAAAGCAGCAUAUUAGCAAAACGAACCAUGUCGAACUUUUGCGCAGCACCGAAUUGCACCACAAGAAGCAAUGAGUCAGCAUCGCCAUUAUUCAGGUUUCCAAGCGACACUGAAAGAUGCAAGCAGUGGGUGGACAACUGCCAUUGCAAGGAUCUUGAAGAUAAAACACCUGACCAGCUAAACAGACACUACAGACUUUGUGUUAACCACUUUGAACCAUCCAUGAUUUGUAAAGCAAGUCCUUACAGGACAAAGCUGAAGGAUAAUGCCACACCAACCAUCUUUGACUUAACAAGCCACCCCAAUAAUCCACAAUGUAGGCAACGCAAGAGGAUUAAAGAGCUGAGUCAAGCUGAAGCAGGACGAAUGAAAGAGAGGAAAAAGGACUCGGCGGACCAGUCAAAAACUAACACAAAUUAUGCGGAAGAUGACCCUGAGACAAACGACACCACCCAGCUGACCUCUAAGGAGAAGGAGCAUAGAGAAUACCUCAAAUCACUAUUUGAAGUUAUUGUAGUAUUGGGCAAACAAAACAUACCUCUGAAUAGACAUACUAAGGAGGUGCAGGAGGACAAGUGCCUUGCUCCGAGCAACUUCAAGGCAUUGUUGGAGUACCGAAUGAAUGCUGGUGGUGACGAUGCUCUUAGGAAAAGGUUUGAGAUGAGUGCUAUGAACGCAGAGUGCUGCACCUUCACCCAGCAGAUGCAGAUGAUGGAGGUCUGUGAGAGUUGCAUCCGUGAGGAGCUCUUACGGGAAGUCCGAGAGGUUCGCUUCUUCUCAUUAGUCACUGAUGAUGUGGUUGAAAUCUCUGGCGAGAGCCACCUCCCCAUGUUCUUGCGUUUUUUGGACCAGGCCAACUGCUUGCGGGAGGAUUUUGUGGGAUUCCUUCCAUUUGAGGGAGAAGAUGAGACCCUGAUGGAGAGGCUGCUGACUGAGGUGACAAAGAAGUGGGGUUUAAAUAUGGACUACUGUAGAGGGCAGGCCCACUUCAGCUCCGGUGUGCAUUCUAGCAAAAUAAAAGCCAUUGCAACCAAACUCACAGAGAUGUACCCCACAGCAGUGUACACACCAAGAUCCACCUGUGCCUUAAAUGCCUCACUGGCAAGUGGAGUGGCUUUGACAGGCGUUCAGAUUGUCAUGUCUACUUUCAAGAAGAUUGAGUCUUUUUUCAAUGAAGCUUCUUCACUGCAAUUGGAGUUGGAGAAUGCCAUCUCCAUUUUCUACCAGGGUAAUGAAGAGAAGGCCAAUGAUCUGAAAGAGGCCUGCCGUACCAACUGGACAGUGAGACAUGAUGCAUUUGAGGUAGCAGUCGAUGUCCUGGAAUCUCUUCUGCUCUGCAUGGAUAGUGUUCACGACAAUGAAGAUCUGAGGUGGAGUGACCAAGUCACAAAUGAUGCCUUGGAGAUAUCAGAGGCUCUGGCUGAUUUUGAGUUUGUUGCAACAUUGGUUGUGCUGAAAAACACCCUGUCAUUCACAAGAGCCUUUGGCAAGAACUUGCAAGGGCCAACGAUGGAUGUCUACUUUGCUGCCAACAGCUUGACCGCUGUGUUGCACUCACUGAACGAGGUCUCUGACAACAUUGAUGUAUACCAUGAGUUCUGGUUUGAAGAGGCUGUUAACUUAGCCGCUGCACUGGAAAUCCCGGUCAAGGUUCCCAGGCUCUACUUGAGAAAGCACCACGCAGAAUCUGGAACAGAGAUCCAGCCUGAGAGCUACUUUAAAGAACACCUGACCGCCCCGGUGGUGAGCCACGUCAUCAAUGAACUGAACGACCUCUUCUCUGAAAACCACCUCAACGCCCUGAGAUGUCUGACGCUCGUCCCUGCUGUCAUGGGGCAGUUGAAGUUCAACACUUCUGAGGAGAACAACGUGGAGAUGUACAGGAAUGACCUUCCCAAUGCAGACACUCUCCCCACUGAGCUGCACUGCUGGAGGGUGAAGUGGAAGCACAGGGGCAAGGUGACCCUGCCCUCCACCGUCCAUGAGACGCUGCAGCUGGCUGAAGUGAAGUUCUUCCCCAACGUGCUUGCCUUCUUGAGGGUGCUCUGCAACCUGCCAGUCCUGAGCCUUGAUGUUGAUGGCGAUGCUUCUCGUAAACGCUUUCAGAUGUACCUGGAGAACACACCUGACAAACACAGGUCCAAGAGUCUGGCGUUUCUGAACAUACAUAAUAAUGCCAGACAUGACCUGGAUAUCAUGGUUGAUAGUUACAUUAAGAUGUACCCUGAAAAUGAAAGUCAUGAGCAAGUAUGCCAGCUUGUUGACUAAAUUACUUAUUCUUUUAUGUUAGUAAGUAGUCUGUCCGUAGCAUUUGUGACCUGAGCUUACCUAUCACCUAUUGGAUGUUUGAUAUGUUUAAACCACUUAUUAUAGCUGUAUAUGUUUACCAAUGCAAAUAUCUACAUUUUUUGUUGUUGGGGAAAAUCAAUCAUUAGUUUUAAACUGCAAAAAGUAUGUGGACACCUGCUUGUCGAACUUCGCAUUCCAAUAUCAUGGGUAUUAAUAUGGAUGGUGAAGCGUAAUUCAUCACUCCAGAGAACGCGCAUCCACUGCUCCGGAGUCUAAUGACGCUGAGUUUUACCUCUCCAGCCGACGCUUAGCAUUGCGCAUGGUGAUCUUAGGCUUGUGUGCGGCUGCUCGGCCAUGGAAACUCAUUUCAUUAAGCUCAUUACGAACAGUUAUUGUGCUGAACAUUGCUUCCUGAGGCAGUUUGGAACUCGGUAGU